AUGGCUGCUCCGCAGAAAUUUGUGCUCCGUGUUUGUGUUGCAACAGAUCUUGCCAUGAAGCUCAUUCUAACCGAGCGACCACAGUCAGUAGAAGAGCUCAAGAAUAUAAUGCAAGAGAAGUUUAAGCCAAGGCUGGACUGUGACCCUGACUUCGAUGGACAGCUCAGUGUUCUUAUGGAUAUUCAGGAGCUCCCUGAAAAAGGAACACUGAAAGUGGUGAGUUCGGAAAGUGUUUGCAGAGUUUCAUCACAUUACAAAUGUGAAUCCAGCAACCAGUUCUACUGUGAACUUGACCGCUACACACCAAAACUAGUUGCACUGUAUCGACAGAAGUCCUCAAGGACUGGAAAGGGAGCAGAGGCACUGCGAGAGAUGCUGAGAAUUUAUGACUUGGAGGAAGAACAUGACAUCAACAUGCGACGCACUUUGGCUCUUCAUGGACUUCCAGUGUAUCUCCGGGAGGAUGACACUGAAUUCUACAAAACCUGUAAUGGUGAAGAUGAGAUGGAGACCACUGACACACCACUGGCGUUUCUCUCUGUGGCCCCUGACUCCACUGGUUCCAGCAGCUUCAGCCCGGAGAACAUAUCCAUCGUGAUAGAGGAUGAAGUUGUUAUGAGCGAGCUUCCCAGGUUGGCUGAUGCAUUUGUGGUGCUGCUUGGUUUAAGCUAUGCAUUACACUUAGAUUAUCCAAAGAAACUCACUCACACAUUCUCAUUCAUCCAGAAAGUCCUGCUGUGUCUGGAUGAUAACAAAGCACUGAACCCAUGCCUACUCUCCCUGAAAAAUGAGUUGUUAAAGGAGUAA